AAUUUCUACCGUUUGUAAAAUCUGUCAAGUUGACCGUUUAGUUUAGUCAUAACAUAGCAAUGCAGUAAAAGUAUUUUCAAAUUUAAAAUUCCCCUCAAGAAAGAUCAUGACUCAGUCCGAUUCACCAACCUUCGAUGUGACCCAGUUGAGCAGUUUCGCACUGUGCAGCAAAGGGGGCGUCCAGCUGCCUCCGCUGAUGCUGAAGGGUCAGAUCCGACCGGACCAAGUGGCCAACGCUCGAUUUCGAGUGGUGGAGGCCGAUCGCCGACCACUCAGCGAUCAGCGAUUCAACGCGCUAAUCAAGCGGCUGGUCAAGUGCUUCAUGUCGGAGGUGGAGAUCACCAAGCGGCUGCGGAAGGUCACCGCCCGCCGGUCGGUGCAUCCGGCGGACCUGCAGCUCAUCCGGCACUUGGAGGCCCUGCGUCGGAACUACGAGACCGAACGAUCCGUCCUGGUGGUGAAGCUCAGCCUGGACAGCCGGUUUAAUCUGUACGCCUCUCAAGCCACGCGGGUUGCAGAAUUCCAGCCGAGCAAGUCAAGCAAAUCCCAAAAGCGCUAUCCCCUAGAAACCCCUUCAAAGAGCGAUAAUAUACUACCAAUAAAGAGCCGCAAGAGGCAAAGUGGAGGAUCAGGAUCCGCUCCCAGGGGAUUGCUUAGAGGACCCAUAGUCUGUAACCAAAUCGAAACUCCCGUAGAUCUGUCCCACCGACUCAGGGAGAAACUCUACAGACUGCAGGAAACAUCCGAGGCUCCGUUGGAGUCCGCCGAAAUCAAAGAAUCCUCCCAAGACACUGCCAUCCUUUCGCCAAGUUCCCAAGUUUCACCCAGUUCUUCUGACAUAUUUUACGAUAUUCCCGAAAUGGAGGAUUAUGAUUUGCUCUCCCUUUCUUGAUACUGAAUUCUCUUCUCUUUCAAAUACUACAGCAAAAAAAAUAAUAAACAAUACUAAAACGAC